UGAUCUUGACAACUGCAGAAUCCUCAGGCUUCAGGGCCUAGUUUACAGUGCUCUGCCAAGUGCUGUAGACGUGCUCGAUAGUCAGUGCCAAGAACUGAAGAAAACGGGAUGUUUUCAUCAAUCAAAAAGCACUUUGAGCUUUUAGGCAGUCCUUCAAGGCUUCACCUCAGCAGGGAAAGCUCUUCUGUUGAGGUGGACACCCACAGUGAAAAUGCUACGUCAUCUGAGAGUGCCGGCCGCACCCUGCUGAUCCACGGCCCCGUGGAACUCAGAAGAGGCUGGAGGAGGCAGAAGCGGCACCUCUUCUUGCUCAGCGAUCUGUUGCUGAUAACUAACACCAAUUACAAAAAAACCUUUAUAAUAGAAAAUAAAGUACCCCUGAACACCAUAUGGAUUGCCAACUGUUUGGACAAAUUCGGAGAAGCUGACACCUGUGCCAAGAGGUCCUUUGUCUUGGGCUGGCCCACAGGCCUUUGUGGCCACCUUCAGUUUUUCAGAACUAAAGGAAAAUGGCACUCUUCCCUUCAAAGGUGCAUCGAUCUAGCCAAAGAGAAGGACCAGCCAAAGAGCAUUCCCCUCAAAAUCGUCACUGAGGACAUUAAGAACUGUGUCUAUGUUCAGCCCCUCUGCACUUCCCCGGAGGUCCAGCCCUGUCCUAAUGCACAGCCCGCAUCGUGUGUGGGAGACCCAGUCACCCUGCUGUCCACCCUCAGGGCUGUGGGUUCCUGGCUGCUUCCUGGGGGGACUGAUGUCCCUGAUCAUCUUCCCCAGGGUGGACGAGCAACAGGAGAAGCAGGUCUCUCUCCUAAAUAAUAAAGGUUCUUCUGGAAGA